AUGGACCGGGUGCUGCUGCCGGUGAGGGUGAAGGAGGAGUGGCCGCCGCCGCCGCCGGAGGAGGAGGAGGAGUUGGAGCAUCGGGGCCUGGCGCCGCGGCCGAUGGAGGGGCUGCACGAGACGGGCCCGCCGCCGUUCCUGACCAAGACGUUCGACCUGGUGGCCGACCCGGCCACCGACGGCGUCGUCUCCUGGGGCCGCGCCGGGGACAGCUUCGUCGUCUGGGACCCCCACCUCUUCGCCGCCGUGCUGCUCCCGCGCUUCUUCAAGCACAGCAACUUCUCCAGCUUCGUCCGCCAGCUCAACACCUACGGUUUUAGAAAGAUUGAUCCAGACAGAUGGGAGUUCGCGAACGAGGGUUUCAUUAGGGGCCAGAGACAGCUUCUGAAGAUGAUAAAGAGAAGGAGACCAAUGUCUUAUCUCCCUUCAUCACAGCAGCAGGCUCUUGGCUCCUGCCUCGAGGUCGGCCAGUUCGGAUUCGACGAAGAAAUCGAAGUGCUAAAGCGCGACAAGAACGCCUUACUCGCAGAGGUGGUGAAACUGAGGCAGGAGCAGCAGAGCAGCAGAGCUGACAUGCGAGCCAUGGAAGAGAGGUUACACCACGUCGAGCAGAAGCAGCUCCAGAUGAUGGGUUUCCUGGCAAGAGCAAUACAGAACCCUGACUUCUUUCUCCAGCUGAUCCAGCAACAAAAUAAACUGAAGGACCUCGAGGACGGUUACCCGACGAAGAGGAGGAGGCCCAUCGACGUAAUGCCGUUCCUUGGCCCUGAGGGGACCAGUCAGAGUGAGCCACUCGAGUCCACAUUCAUUUUUGAGGACAGGGAAUUUUCAGAGCUGGAGAAUUUAGCCAUGAACAUUCAGGGCAUCAGGAAGGGCAUGGAGGAUGACAGAGGUGGUCGGAAUCAGGGCUGUGGUGAGGCCGAGCUGACUGACGACUUCUGGGAGGAGCUGCUGAGUGAAGGAAUGAGGGAUGAAGCUGAGAUGCUAGAGCUGGAGAGGAGGAGAUCUAGAUGUUUCGACGCGUAG